AAAUGUAUAAACAAGUUAUAUAUAAAUGUAACAUGCUGCUAUCGUUCAAAUCAAACCGACAAAAUGUGGUGGCUUGGUAGCUUGUUUGUAAUGUCUGUAGUGUUUGGUUUUAGUUCAUCAGCUGAUUUUGAAUAUAUAGGGAGUCUUCAGCGCUUAAGACGCUCACCGCACUAUCACUGUCCACCAUAUUUCUACGACUCGCAACCUCGGCAGUACCCUGGACCGCCACCGUUCUGGCCCCCCCCACCGCCCCCACGUCCGUACUUCCAAGAAAGGCAAAACUACCAAAACGAACCUCAACCAAAGAACUUUGAUCAAAAUCCAGUAAAUCAACCAUACAACGAAGGGCAACCACUAGCUAAACCUCAAAACAGUCAAGGAGAAAUAACUGACCCGGAUAGUAAGCCUUGUGAUCAAUGUGAUAAGAAGGGUCAUGAUACCGCAAUCAGUAACGCGAAGAGUGUUUCCGGAUCCGCUGUGGCGGUCGCCAUUGCCGGCAAGGGCAAUAACACAUGAUCUUGAUUUUUAAAACUACUGAUAGUACCUAGCUACACUACAUGAGACUGUUCUGAUUUAAUAAAAAAUAUGUUGUUUUAUUUUUGUUUGUUUCGUUUAAUAAUUUUAUAUUGAAAUUAUGAAAAAAAAUGGUAAAGAUGUCCAAUAGUAUUUUCAUAAAGACAUUCAAAUUCAUUUAUUUAACACACAUGGGGCACAUAAGAC